AUGUCUCACUUUGCUUUCCUUGCCGUGUGUGUCCAGGCUUGCCUGAUCCAGACUGUUCUGUGUGUACUACCAUGUGGGUACAAUCAGAUCUCUUACGAGCCCUGUGGUUGCGCUGAAGUCGUUGGCGUCGAGAAGAUCGUUGAGGAGUACAGUGUCAGUGCUCCCAGCUGCAGCAUCAAUUCAUACGAAUACAGUGCCCCUAGCGUCAGUUACAAUGCCCCUAGCAUCAGCUACAGUGCCCCUAGUGUCAGCUACAGUGCCCCUAGCAUCUCUGUGAGCGCGCCCAUCAGCGUGGGUUCAUCUAGCAUCAGCAGUGCCUACGGUUCGUCGUACGGCGGCGCGGGUACGGGAGUGGUGAACGCUGAGGGCAUCAUCGGCGCGUCCGGCACGACGGCCGUCGCCGGAUCCGUGCCGGUGCUCGGAUCCGUGACGUUCUGUGGCUCCGUGCCCGCGUGCGGAUCCGUGUCCAUUCAGGGACAGUGCGGAUGUGGAUCCGGAGCUGCCACCGAUUUGCUGAGUGAUGGCCACAUUGUCCCCACAGCCGUAGCAUACCGGCGCGGAGCCGCUGGUGGGGAACUGGCCCUCGAACGCCACGGCGCUCAGGUACGGCAGCGCGCCGGACAGAUCCAGGUCGCCGGACAGACUCAGUAUUAUAACAUGUCUCGCUUCGUAGUCCUCGCCAUCUUCAUUCAGGCUUGCCUGCUCCAGAUGGUUCUGAGCCAGCAAUGCGGCUGUAACCAGUACUACCCGUCCGGCAUAAGCUCCCAGAGCUGCGGUUCGUACGGCGGCACCGGCACCGGACAGGUGGGCGUGUCCGGUAACAUCGACGCGUGCGGCAACACCUGCGUGCAGGGAUCCGUGCCCGUGCUCGGCGCCGUCGACUUCGGCGGAUGCGUGCCCGCCUGCGGAUCCGUGUCCAUCUGCGGACAGUGCGGAUGUGGAUGCCAGUAA